AUAUUUAAUUAUUUAUAUUUUAUAUAUGAAGAAGCAACAUUAAUUAAUUUAGGUACAUGAUUAACUAUAGGUAAUUUAGAUAUAAAAUAUGGUUUAUUAUUAGAUAGUUUAUCAUUAUCAGUUAUGGUACCAGUAGGUAUAGUAACAUUAUGUGUAUUAUUUUAUGCUAUAGAAUAUAUGGCACAUGAUCCUAAUCGUAAUCGUUUUUAUAUAAUAUUAAGUGUAUUUGCUAUAUUUAUGACUAUAUUAGUCGUUAGUGAAAACUAUUUAAUGAUGUUUAUAGGUUGAGAAUUUGUAGGAGUUGUAUCAUAUUUAUUAAUAUCUUUCUGAAAUACACGUGUUACAGCUAUGAAAUCAGCUUUAUCAGCUAUAUUAUUAAACCGUAUGGGAGAUACAUUCUUUGUAAUAUGUUUAGGUACAUUAAUAAUAAACUUUAAUGCUUUAGAUUUUGAAACAAUAGAAUUAAUGGCACCACAUAUGAAUACUAAUUUAUUAAACUUUAUAGCAGUUAUGUUAUUAGUAGCUGCUACAGCUAAAAGUGCACAAUUAGGUUUACAUGCUUGAUUAUUAUCAGCUAUGGAAGGACCUACACCAGUUAGUUCAUUAUUACAUGCUGCAACUAUGGUAUGUAGUGGAGUAUUUGUUUUAGUAAGAUCAUGAUAUAUAUUAGAAUAUACACCAUCUAUAUUAAUAGUAAUAUUAUGAUUAGGAGGAUUAACAACAAUAGUUAGUGGUUUAAUAGCUGUAGUUACAAAUGAUAUAAAAAGAGUUAUAGCUUUAUCAACAAUGUCACAAUUAAGUAUGAUGAUGUUAGCUAUAGGAGUAAGUUCUUAUGAAUUAGCUAUAUAUCAUUUAUAUUGUCAUGCAUUCUUUAAAGCUUUAUUAUUUAUGUCAGCAGGAUCUAUAAUACAUAGUGUAAUAUCAGAAACACAAGAUAUGCGUAAAUAUGGAGGUUUAAUAGAUUAUUUACCAUAUAGUUAUACAACAAUGUUAAUAGCUUCAUUAUCUUUAAUGGCUAUACCAGGUUUAACAGGUUAUUAUUCUAAAGAUAUAAUAAUAGAAUCAUUAUAUGGUUCAUAUACUAUAACAGGAUAUAUAAUGUAUUAUAUAGCUACAACAUCAGCUACAUUAACAGCAAUAUAUUCAUUAAGAGUUAUGUAUUUAACAUUCUAUAAUAAUCCUAAUAAUAAUAAAUAUACAUAUGGUUUAGUUCAUGAAAAUGUAAAUAUGGCUAUACCUAUGUUUAUAUUAACUAUAUAUAGUAUAUUUAUAGGUUAUGCUAGAGAUAAUGUAACAUUCCAUAUGGCUAUGGGUAUGCCUUAUACUAAUAGUUUAAUAGAAACAGAAUAUACAUUAACAUCAUUAUAUAAAUUAUUACCUUUAAUAUUAGGUUUAUCAUUAUCUAUAUUAUUAGUAUAUAUAUAUGAAUAUACAUAUAAAAUAAUAAAAUCACCUAUAUAUAAUUAUUUAAACCAACGUAUAUAUUUUGAUCAAUUAUUAAAUAAUUUAGUUAUAAGACCUACUUUAGUUUUAGGUGGUUAUUUAAAUCAUUAUGUUGAUAAUGGUUUAUUAAAAGUAUUAGGUAGUACAGGUAUAUAUAAAUUAUUAAAUUAUAUACCUGUAUUAUUAAUAUUUAAUUUAAUAAUAAUAUUUAUAUAA